AUGAAAAAUUUUCAUCUGUUAUUAGUAUUAAUUUCAACACUUUAAAUUUCAUAUUCUGAAAAGAUAAGAGUUUCAUUAUAUAGUAUUAAUAGUUGCUUAAUAUUUUAGUUGAAUCACUUUGCCCUGAUACUACAAGAUUUAUUUAAUCUUCAUUAUUGAAAGCAUUAAAAACACCAUCGUUUGAUGAAUUGGUUGAACUGAGAUUUAUUCCAUAUGGAAAGGCGUCAUAAAAUUAAUAAAGUAAUGGAAGUAUCAUUUUUAAAUGCUAACAUGGAGAUUUAGAAUGUUUUGGAAAUAAAUUAUAAGCAUGUGGUUUUAAUGUACUUUCUGCUUAAAAUGAGCAACUUAAAUUUUUGAUAUGUAUAUAGAAAACGAGAAAGAGAUAAAUAGAAGAUUUUGAAUCUGAAUUAAAAUCUUGUCUUCCUGAUUUAUGGGAAGGAGUUUUAAAAUGUGCAAAUGGUACUUAAGGAAUAGAAUUAUUAUGGGAAAAUGGAGAAGAAACUCUUAACUUGGAUCCAAAAUUAACAUACGUACCUUGGGUAACAGUAAAUCAUAAAUUUGAAACUAAAGCUCAUGAAAUGAUUGAAAGAAAUAUUGUUUAAUGGGCAUGUUAAUUUGCAAACAAAGAAAAAGAAAAAUAUAUUCAAAUUGAGGCAUGUUAAGAAUAUAAUUGA